AUGAAUCAGGGUUUAGGGAUAGGAACCGGAGUCACAACCUCGAUAACAACUCCAGGGUUAGGGGCUUCAGGGGUUGGAAGUUCAGGGGUAGGGGGUUCUUCAUUAACAAGUGAUCAGUUAAGCCCUGUAAUAAAUCAACAACCACAAAUGAAUCUAAGUACUAGUCCAAGUCAGCAGGGUCAGUUACUGGUUCAGCUACAAAAUCAAAUACCUCAAAAUCCUAUACAACCACAUAUAACCCCUGGAAUAUCGACUAUAGGGAGUCUAGCAACUAAUCAAAGUCCUACUAAUCAAAACUCCCAGAUAAACCAAGGAUAUUAUCAAUAUAAUUAUGAACUACCACCUAUUGUGGCGAAUGAUUGGGACUAUAUGAUAGAGUCAAACCCCUUAAAUUACAAAACCACACAAUACCCUUCCCUACCAAUACCUAAUCAACAAGUAAAUCCCAUGGGUAUGACCUAUGGGUAUCAAACUUCCAUACCAUCAAUGAACAUGGGUGUGUCGAACAGUAUAUCGAACGCAACCGGUUUGUCGACUUCAUUACCUGGACCACCACAAAUAUCGAUACCUAAUCAAUCAGGCGAGAGGAAGAAACGAAGGAAUACUACAACAGUAUCAAAUAUGACACCUCAGACAGCUGCUAGGAAUCGUUGUCCUAUUUGUCAAAAACAGUUCAAAAGACCUUCAUCUUUACAAACUCAUAUUUAUAGUCAUACAGGAGAAAAACUUUUUAAAUGUCCAUGGCAAGAUUGUGGGAAGCUAUUCUCCGUCAAAAGUAAUAUGACCAGACAUUACAAGCUACAUCAGAGAGAUAAUAAUUAA